AUGUUGUUUCUACGACUGACUCCCACCUUGCCAAACACGUUUAUUAAUCUUGCUUCACCAAUAGUGGAUGUACCCUAUCAUAUUUUCUUCCUGGCAACCAUAAUUGGUCUAAUACCAGCUGGUUUGUCAUUGUCAGGAGUGGUACCAAGAACUGGAAUUCCAACAACUGCACUUAAAACCAAAUGCUCCAGAAGUGUUGCAUUUCCAAUUUUUGCACCUUCGAUGAGCUUCAAGCCCACUACAACGUCCUCUCCUCCUUCAAUCUCACCUGGUCUGACCUCGAUUCCCACUUCACCUCCAUCUAAGACUCCCUUAACAAAAAACUCCAGCUCCUCCAAACCUCCCAAUCCUCAAAUCCUUCUUCUUCUAUACCCUAAGACCCCUGUUCAUCAACCCUCCAUCUCAGAAACCACAAGACCCUUCUUCUUCUUCAUGUCAGAUACCAAAGGACCCGUCUUCUUCGUUGAAUUUACCCACCCAGAUAGCAGAAGACCCGUCUUUGUCAUCGUUGACAUUGGCCCAGAUAACGGAAGACACCAAAACACCAACCCAAAUAACAAAGGACCCACCUUAUUCAUCAAGUACUCAAGUUCUAGGCAGCCCUGUGCCAAUGCUAUCAAACCCCUUUGUGAAACAACACCUUCUUCAUCCUUCAUGCCUUGCUCAUCUGCACCUCACUCAAUUCGGAGCCUCCUCAAUCUCUUGCAACUCCGAGCAAGAACUUCUAGUCCUCUAUCUCCAAUAACAUUCCUUGUUUGUCCAUGA